AUGGCAGUGCAUGAAGCUAUGAGAGUGAAGUCAAAAGUGCUGGAAUAUGGAGCUCUGAGAUGUUCUCGAAAUUCAUUUCUACAAAUCAUACUGCCAGAGAAACUCCAAGAAAAUGCAAGUGAUAAUUCACAAGACCAGAAAACCUAUAUUAUUCCAAUAGAUGAGAGGCCAUAUACUGUGCACCUGAAACAAAGGUAUUUUUUAGGAAAGAAUUUUAUGGUUUAUAUGUAUAAUCAAGGAUCUGUAAGUGCCUAUUCUUCAGAUGUUCAGCCUCAAUGCUAUUAUCAAGGAUAUAUCGAAGGGCAUCCAAAUUCUAUUGCCACAUUGACCACAUGCUCUGGACUGAGGGGAAUGUUGCAGUUUGAAAAUGUUUCUUAUGGAAUUGAGCCUCUGAAAUCUACAGUUGAUUUUCAGCAUAUGCUUUAUAAAUUAGGGAAUGGAACCAGUGAACUUGGGAUUUUUAAGAAGAAUAACAGAAACAUGAAAUUAAGACAAAUGAACUAUACAAUUUUUACAGAUGAAAAAGCAGUAUCACAAGCUCCAGACCUAUUUCCUCUUUAUGUGGAAAUGCAUAUUGUGGUGGACAAAGCUUUGUAUGAUUACUUAGGCUCUGAUAGCAUGAUCAUAACAAACAGAGUCAUGGAAAUGAUCAACCUUAUAAAUUCGGUCUUUACACAACUUAAAGUGAUAGUUGUCCUAUCAUCAUUGGAGUUGUGGUCAGCUAAAAAUAAGAUUCCUACAUCUGGUGAUGCAAAUGACUUACUGCAAAAGUUUUUAGAUUGGAAACAGUCUUACCUCUCCCUGAGGCCUCAUGAUGUUGCAUGUCUAUUCAUUUACAGAGAUUAUCCAGAUUAUAUGGGAAUAACAUUUCCUGGAAAGAUGUGUGUUAACCAUUAUUCUGCAGGAGUUGUACUGUAUUCCAAGGGCUUAACUUUGGAGGCAUUUUCAGUUAUUGUCAUCCAGAUGUUGGGACUCAGUCUGGGAAUAGCAUAUGAUGAUCCAACAAAAUGUCACUGUUCUGAAGCCAUCUGUGUAAUGACUCCAGAAGCCAUACAGUCCACUGGUGCAAAGACUUUUAGCAAUUGUAGUAUAAAUGACUUUAGAAGUUUCAUUUCAAAUGUGAGAGCCAAAUGUCUUCAGAAUAAACCACAGAUGCAAAGAAAUCCAAGGCCAGUAUGUGGAAAUGGCAGAGUGGAAGGAAAUGAAAUCUGUGAUUGUGGUAAUGAAGAACAAUGUGGACCUCAGGCCUGCUGUGACCAUACAACAUGUGAGCUGAAAUCACAGUCACAGUGUGAUAAGGGACCAUGCUGCAAUCAGUGUCAAGUCUUUAAAAACUGUGGAGUUGAUAUUUCUACUUUCAAUAAGAAAUAUUCAGGGGGCUAUAAAACUGAAAGUUCAAGAAAUGCUCCAUUUGCUUGCUAUGAAGAAGUAAAUGCUCAAGUAGAUAGUUUUGGGAACUGUGGUAGGGAUCAGCAAAGGCGAUAUAGACUGUGUGGUUGGAGGAACCUCAUAUGUGCAAGAUUAAUAUGUACUUACCCAUUUCGAACUCCUUACAUUCAGCCAAAUAUUUCUGUGAUUUAUGCUUAUGUACAAAAUCAUACAUGCAUCACUUUGUUGAACACUUCAAGUGCUGUUGAUCCAUAUUUGGUGAAAAGUGGUGCUGAAUGUGAUGUUGGCAGGGUUUGUGUAAAUGGUCAGUGUGUAGAAGCAAGAAUAAUAAAGAAUGAGUCAUCUGUAUGUACACAGCAAUGCAAUGGACAUGGAGUAAGUUUAAUGGUCACAAAAGCUUCAGGGAAGACCAGAAAAAACUGGCUUCUAGGUUUCUACAUUGCAUUGCCUGUUCUCGUCAUAGUAUCCGUAAUAGCUGUGGCAUGGAAAAGUUUGAAAAAGUGGCCUACCAAGGAGAAGGAAUCUGUAGACGUUGAAUACAAAUCAGAAGGCAGCACUAAGACAUAUAUUAGUAGAUCCAGAGCAGAAAGCAGCAGCCAAACAGAUGCUACCAAGUCCAUGUCAGAAGAUAGUAGCCAAGAGUAUACCAGCAGUAACUAGGAAACCCGUGAAAAGGCAGAAGAUGCUACUAAGGUCUCCCUGAGAACUGAAGAUGCUACCUUUCUUCUCCUGUUCGCAGCUGAAGGAACCA